CUGAGUGUUUUUGUUUUGUUUCACUCACACAUAAACGUCUAAAAACGAAAAACUCAAGUUGUUUAGUUCAGGCAUUUAGUCAGACAGCUUUGCCGCGGGGUCCUGAGCUCGACGGGAACCCGGAAGAGAAGAUGACGGUCCAUAAUUUGUACAUAUUUGACCGAAAUGGAAGCUGCUUGUUUUACAACGAAUGGAAUCGAAAGAAACAGGCUGGGAUUUCCAAAGAAGAGGAGUUUAAGCUCAUGUAUGGGAUGCUGUUCUCCAUCCGAUCCUUCGUCACUAAAAUGUCUCCGAUGGACAUGAAGGACGGCUUCCUGUCCUUUCAGACCAGUAAAUACCGCCUGCACUACUAUGAGACUCCCAGUGGACUGAAGUUCAUCCUCAACACAGACCUGUCUGUGUCCAACGCCAGAGACACACUGCAACACAUCUACAGCAACUUGUACGUGGAGUACAUAGUGAAGAACCCAGUGUGUGUUCUGGGUCAGAGUUUGGACAGUGAACUGUUCAGCAGCAGACUGGACGCCUUCAUCAGAGCUCUGCCCUAUUACAGCCCACGAGCAGCAUAACACACACACACACACACACACACACACACACACACACACACACACACACACACACACACACAGUUUCCUUGUAUUAGUUGUGACCUGGUCUGUUUCCUCUAAACUGUUGAUUGAAACCUGUUUGAAUAAAACACUGGUUUCAUUAUU